AUGGAUGUCCUCGUCGCUGUGGUCCUCGAUGCAUCAGAGAAAAAGGAGCAGGAUAUCAUCAGGGACGUGGUCAACAACACUGUUCGUAUGUUCUCCAUCACACCCUCUCAUGCGACCUCCAUUGCGACGCACCUCCUCGUCGCACUCGUCAAAUCACGAAUAUUGUCGAAGCCAGACAUUUUCAAGCUUCUCAAAGCCAUGGAACAGCACGGCAAGCUUCAUGACAUCUCCUACUCCCGGCGUGACAUCGUUCUACGCGAGCUCAUGCUGUAUCCACCCUCCCUCGUGGACUCUGAGCUCUUCACCCUUGUCAGCAUGUGGCUUUUGUCCCAGAUAACCCACCGGAAGCAUUGGCAUAAGCUCCGCUCCGAAGACACCGCGGACGACGUCGUACCCGCGGAGGUCUGGAUGCUAUUCGAGGUCAUCCACAAGAUGGCGCUUUCCAAGACACCCUCUGCAGCGUCCCCGAUCGUGGCUCAACUCGCUGACCUCGACAUCGUUCACCCCGUCGCCAUUGGAGACACGGACCUCAGCGCUCGUGACCUCCGCUACGCCAUUACGUCCAUCCUGGUCCGCUCCUGUCUCGUUUUCGGCUGGCACAUCCGUGCGUCAACGCUUCUCAACCGCAGCAUCUCCACUCUUCCCUCCCUCCACCAGCCGUUCGCCGAGCUGGUGGAACACUGGCUGCAAGACGCGCUCGCUAAUCCCUCACCAGAAAGCCUUACGCAUGCUGCCUCGUUUCUUUCCGCGCUCUUCGCCCGAGCCGAGGUUUGCACCGUCUCUGACGGGCUGAUGGAGAAGUUCUACAUCGAGGCAUGCCAGCUAAAUCGGGGAGACCUGGCCGAAGUCAUCUACACACAGUCGCGCGCCGUCAAGAGUCACUCAUACCGCCCUCCAGCCAGGUCCAUCUUGUGGUUCAUGAAGCACCUCGCUCAGGCUCGGAGCAUGCAAGUUGUACGCAGUGUACUAGCGCAGGUUGCGGAAGACCCGAAGGAUUUGGUCCCGCUCGCUGACCGCUCGUCAUUCCUUUACAUCGCCACUACUCUCGGAUGCUUGAGCUACGUUCGGCAGAUCUGGCUGAGGUGGUCUGCUACCCGAGAUGCGUACAUCCACAUCAGUCGGGGAUCCCUCAUGGGCGUUCUCGUCCGCGCUUUCGUGAAGACGGCGGCCCGGCACGAGAAGAAGGCGCGGUUGUACUUGGCUGAUGCAGGGAGCGCGGAUCCAUUCCGGAUAAACGAGGACGAUGAAGACGUACAGGCGCAUGCGCAAGAGCAAGAGGAAUCGGCGGACUCUAUACACGAGGACGAUCACCCCACAUCUGAUGCGCCACACUCGUCACCAUCCCCGCCCCCAGACGAGGAUGCGUCCACGAACGCUGUGCUCUCCCCAUCCUCCGGUGACCCUGACCGUUCCCGAGCAGCCGCGACCGCACCCACGGAGGCAGAAACCAGGUUCAAGAGCACAAGACACCUACCACUCCUAAGGCCCCCGCCUCUCUCGCGCGAAGAGCACCUCGGACGCUCUGCGAGCGCCCGAGCAUUUGCCGAGCGUGUCUAUUCUGCCUUCCUGGACUACCACCACCCGCUGACCGACGAGAGCUCGCCGGCGGUGCUCAACGUCGCAGCGCACGCGGCGGUUGUGCUGGACCAAGACGAGCGGGCUUCCGCGAUCAUGCAGCUCAUCCGCGCACGGCCCGGGCCUCCAGACAUCUACGACCUCAACGUUGCGCUCUACGCACUGGCCAAGGCGGAUCCUAACGCAGCAAGGGAACGGCUGGAGCAGAUGAUUCAAGCGGGCAUCGCCCCCGACGCGGCGUCGUUCGGGACGGUGCUGCACUGGGCGGCGGAGCACGGGAACGUGCCGCUCACGAUGCGGCUGCUGGAGCUCGCGCGCGAUCAGGGGCAAGAGCUCGACUUCAAGACGCUCGCGCGGCUGCUCCGGACGGCGGUGACGCUCGCCUUCUCUGGCGACGCACGAGAGGCGGUCGCGGUCGCGCGGCGGCUGGCGAAGGCGAUGCUCGACGCCGACCGCGUCCUCACGCCCCGGAUGGGGCUCGACUGUAUCACGAUCGGGUUGCGCGCGGGGCACGCCCCGUUCGCGUACUGGGCGUGGGCGCGCUUCGUCGCGCGGCAGGAGGAGUGGGGGCGCGGGCAGCAGGUGCGGGUGCGGGCGCGGAUCGUGCGCGCGGUGGUGGCGGACUUCGACCGCGGCGCGCUCGGGCGGACGCGCUGCUCACGGAUGCUCGCGACGCUGCGUGUGCCGGCGAGGGUGCUGCACAUGCCGGAGCCGCAGCGGCUGCGGUACAUGGCCGCGGUGGAGGGCAGCCCGGGGAGGCGGCGAGUGGUGUGGGACGCGGCGACGCUGCAAGACGUUGACGAGGCGAUUGCGUCGGUGUACACGGCGCCGUUCGGGGUCGAGCAGACGGGCUGA